AUGAUUGCUGGAAGAACACAAAUCGACGACACAAGAUCUAGCGAUCCCCGCCACAAAUUGGAGAUAAUUGUGACAGAUAGGGGAGAUAUCGGACUUGUAUCGGCGACUGCAGCUAUCGGAGAUCGUAUUUUCCUGCUUCGAGGCGGAUACAUGUCAUCUGUGCUCAGGGGAAAAGAGUGGAAAGGGGAAGAACGCGAGGUGGAAGAGCAGCUGGAAGAGGGGCCACCAAAGCAAGUAACAGAAUAA